AAUAUUUACUACACAUACACACACAAAAAGAUUCACAUAAUCAUCUAGUAACCAAAAAAACAGAGUGAGAAGAAGUAAUGAACAGAAUGAGCAAUACAGUGUUAGGGUUCUUGAACAUCCUUACACUAAUUUCUUCCAUAGUUCUAUUAGGGUCAGCUCUAUGGAUGGGUAGGAGCAAGACAACAUGCGAGCAUUUUCUUCAGAAGCCACUUCUGAUCUUAGGCCUAGCUAUCUUGGUCUUAUCAAUAGCUGGUCUGGUCGGUGCAUGUUGUGACGUGGCUUGGGUCUUGUGGGUGUACCUCUUCUUUAUGGUCUUCAUCAUAAUCGCCCUCAUGGUUUUGACCCUGUUUGGAUUCAUAGUGACUAGCCAUGGUGGUGGUGUGGGUGUGGAUGGUAGGAUUUAUAAAGAGUUCAAGCUAGAAGCAUAUCACCCUUGGCUUAAGACAAGGGUGAUAGAUACUAAUUAUUGGGUUACUAUAAAGACUUGCCUCUUGGGCUCAGUCACUUGUUCCAAGCUCGCUUUUUGGACUCCUCUUGAUUAUCUCCAAAAGGACUUAUCUCCUCUUCAGUCUGGAUGCUGCAAACCACCGACGUCAUGCGUUUACAACACGGACACGCCGAUACAACAAGACCCGGAUUGUUACCGGUGGAACAACGCCCCGACCGUCCUCUGCUAUGACUGUGAUUCGUGCAGAGCUGGGGUUUUGGAGACAGUUCGACGCGACUGGCACAAACUCUCUCUAGUUAAUGUCAUUGUUGUUGUUUUCCUCAUUGCUGUUUACUGCAUUGGUUGUUGCGCGUUCAAAAACGCUAGACGCCCUCAACAUUACGGCUUCCCUUACGGACGUUACGGCAUGUCCAAGUCUCGACCCGGAUGGGAACAGUCUUGGUCGAGAUGGUGGCAUGGGAGAGACCGGUAUUAAUUAGGGAAAUAUAUAUAUAUGUAAUGUUUUCGAAUUUUACGGUUCAGCUCUUGGCCUAAUCUAUAAAUAUUAUUUUUGUACAGAGCAUAAUUUUUUUUACAAUGAAACUGCGAUUUUC